AUGUAUUUUGAAAUAUUUAUAAAUAAAAAAACAGACCAAGUUUAUAAAGAAAAUGAGACAUUAAUACAAACUAAAUUGUCUCAAACAUUGGAAAUGUUGGCCAAUUCUUCAGAUCCUUUGAAAUUAUUUUACAAUGAAAUCAUUGCUCAGGACUUAAUCAGUGAUAUCAAAGAUGGGCCAAAGAAUGGAAUAUAA